AACUUAGGUGGGGAUAAAGAUAAUUAUAUGAACGUUGCUGGAGAGAGAACGCUUCCGUGAACAUUUUUAAAUAAUAUAUAAUAUUAAUAAAUUUGUUAAUACCUAUGGAAGAUAAUAUCAUACUUUUUGUAGUGGUUCAUUAACUAGGAACGAAAUUAUGUACUUUGCCAAAUCUUUGUAUGCAUGGGCUUCGAUACUUUCUGGAGCAGAAAAUACAACUGGUUUACCAUUGUCGCCACUUUGCGCAAUAUUUUUGGAUACAGUUACUUCUAAAGAUGCCUUCUGAGCUGUAGUCACCAACAAUGCUCCAGUGACUGGGAUAUUCUGUAUUAUUGAAAGAUGCGUAUCUCCUGUUCCUGGAGGGGUAUCGAUAAUGAGAUAAUCCAAAGGAUCCCAUGCUACUUGAUACAACAAUUUUUCAAUGGCACUCAUUACCAUCAAUCCUCUCCAAAUUACAGGAGAUUUAUCAUUGAUUAAGAAGCCCAUGGACAUGCUACGUACGAAGAAGAACUAUAGGGAUUAAUUGCAACAACUGAUAGACGACGCAGAAUACCAAAUGAAAUGUUUACCAUUUUACUCCAUAAUUCACAACUGGUUCUAUAAGUUUGUUGCUGUUAAUCACAGGAGAUUCUCGUAUAUUCAUCAUUAGAGGUACACAAGGCCCAAAUAUAUCGGCAUCGAGUAGACCAACAGAUUUUUGCGGUUCAAGAACUUUUAAAGCAGUGGAUAAGUUCACAGCAAUUGUAGAUUUGCCAACACCUCCUUUCGCAGAAGAAACAAUAAAUAUCUGCUUGACACCCUUCAAAGGUUUUUGUCUUGGGAGGCCACGUGACAUUAUUUCUUUUCGUUUCGCUUCAAUUUCUUUUUGCUUUUGAUCAUCAUGAUAACCAAUGGGACUCUAAAAUGAUAGAAAGAGAAAAGUAAGCUUGAAACAUAAUUCUCUCUACUUAAAAAUGUUAUACAUUCGAAUCUUUACACUACUAAUGUUAAUAUACGUAUCAGAUCUAAACACGUGCGUCUUGAAACAAUGAAAUUACAUAAACAAAAUCGAAUUUAAUAGAAGAAAAAUAGCGGUGAAUUAUGUUACAAUAAUUAAGGAGUUGUACAUACCAGGAAUAACGAACGGUGAUUAUUCGCGUUCCUAUGAUUCCAUCGGAAACGCAGCAAACAUUUCUUAGAGGCUAAAGUCGACAACAUUUUCGACAAGAUUUUCGCACUAGUAUACUUAAGUAUGUAUAGAAUUGUUUGACGACACAGGCCAUCUCUCUAACCUUACAUUUCAAAUCGUACAAUCAUCAAUAGGAUUGAAUUUAUAGUCUGAAAAGAUACUUCAUAUGAUUCGGCGAAAUAUUUUUACAAUCCAAUAUCCGAUAGUUCAAUGCUUCAUUUGUGUGCAUUCGAAUAGCACACUUUUCGAAGUUUCAUUUGGAUCCAUUGAAAAUUUUGAUGGUUUUCGUUGAAAGUAACUGAGAUGUUUAACGCGAGGGCGGUACAGUUUUUCGUUACUGUGAAGUACAUAUCGGUAAUGCGAUGGAUCUUAUGCUUUUUUCUUAAUAUAAAUAUGUGAAUGCAAAACGUGUUGCACUAACGAGUUAAGGUGUACGGAAUAUGGGCCUAAACGCAGCUGUACAAGCUUUAAAUUAUUCAAUUUGUACACUUAUUAGAAAAGCCGAGCCACUAAAGGAUAAAGUUCAACGUUGUAAAGACCUUUUAAAUGAUAGCGAUGCAUGGGUAUGUCAGCAGCAGUUACAAAAAAUAUAUCAACAAGUGCUCAUAUUGGAUCUGGAAUACGCGUUGGAUAGAAAGGUAGAGCAAGAACUUUGGAAUCUUGGAUUCAAGAAUUACAUAGCAACUCUACAGUCGCAAGCAAAGGAUAGGAAAAAUCCUAAACGAGGAGAGUCUCAGGCGUUACUCAGUUGGUGCUUGGAAGCAGCAAGCGGUUUUUAUUUAACGUUACUACAAGAAAUUUGUACAGCAUUCGAUUUAGAUUUACCGUUCAGAAGGAAAGGCUAUGUUUACGGAUGUACUUCGCCGUGGAAGGCUGUCGAGAACCUGUCGGUGCCUCAUAAAUCGUCGUGUUUCUACGCGUGCCAGUAUUGUCUAGUACACUUGGGAGAUAUUGCUCGUUAUAGGAAUGAGAGUAGACAAGCGGAACUGUUCUACAGACAUGCCGUAUCAUUGUCACCAUCCAGCGGGCAACCGUACAAUCAGUUGGCACUUUUGGAAGCGUCGCGCGGCAAUAAGUUGGGAACCGUGUUUCACUAUACGCGUUCCGUUGCUGUGAAACAUCCGUUUCCCGUCGCCACCACGAAUCUAGCGAAAACAUUAUCCUCUGCUUUAAACGACACCUCUAUAAAUGUCGAAGGUAAAACUAAAUUAACUUCCCAGGAAUACAUAGCAAUCUUCUUGAAACUGCACGGUGUUAUUCAUAAUCUUGGGAACCUGAAGACCGCAUCUAUAUACACGAAAUUGUUGACCGAAACGCUAACAGCUUUAGUGGCGACGGAAAGUUUCAGUUCCUGGAUGCUCGUUCAAAUGUUUGUAAUUAAUUUGUACGCGUUGGAACAUACGACAAGUGUCGUUAUGGGCAACACCGAACCACUGAGGAACGAACAGUUAACGUUCGACGAAAGAAUAGCCCGAGACUGCAUCCUGGAUCUGAUCGCGGGGAGUCUGUCCGCUUUAUUGUUGCCAGUCUAUACGAUCAAGAAUUCUAUCGUCGAGUACUUCGCUUUGCCUUCUAUAAAACUGUGCCUUGAUUGGAUUCAUACAAAACCCACAGUUUUGGAAGAAGCUGCUUUUACAUCGAGACUUCAGAUCUGGCCCAGUCUUUGCGUCUUACUAAAUGCCUUACAGAAUUGCGUAGUCGAUUUUGCUUACGAUCAAUACGUUAAUGUACCACUGCCAGAAGAUCGUGAUUUACAAGGCUUCUUGCCGCUGGAAAAGAGUUUCGAGUGUCUGAAAUUUACGAGUACCGACUUGGAGGGCGACGCCGAGACUUCCAACAAGUUGCGCGCGGUCCGUAUUUUACGUUUGGGUCAUUCUCUGGCACAGUACAGAAUCAAUGGCACUGCAUUGAUCGCCGUUACAGGAGGAGAGGAGAAAGGCGACAAGAAAUUUAGUUCGAUGAGCGAGGGGAACGGGCCAAGCAACGAGCUGAUGAAAGAACUGGAGGAGCUCAGUUUGAACAAGGAAAGGCCGUGUCCGUUCGUGUCGGCUAGUCCGGUUCUCUCGGAAUCUGCCAGCAGUAAAAGCUCCGCGGACGUCGACACGCUAUUGGAGAGCACGCUCGACAAGAAAAUAGGGAUUUUGAAACCUCAGGGUUCGCUGGAGCGGAACAAGGAUUCGUUGACUGCUCACGCGGAGUGUAACAAUUUCGAGGGUAACACGACGGCGGCUCCUCUCCCGAGGAAGCCAAGACAGAACAUAGCGAUGCAAGCUAUUAUGCGCCGCGCCGAAACUGAACAGAAACAAGUGACGUUCAAGAACGUCUCGCCGUUGGUCGUCGACGAAGAAAACGAGAAAAAGGGUAAAGUUGGUUCGACCUCGCCGGUGAAAAGUAUGCCCGCGGGAAACAAGAGCAUUCCAAUUAUCGGAGAAACCUCGAAACCGAACAAUCUACCUGUGGCGUCGACAGCCGCGUUGACCAAUUCGAUUCAGAGCCGCUUACCAUUGAUACCCUUCUCGACGACGACCGUGCAAAAUCCAAUUGUGUCGCCAUCGAACCAACCGAAACCAGCGAAAACCCAGCACGUUGUCUCGCACCUCUCGCAAAUUAAUAAUCUCCCUACGAAGGAGCAACAGACCGGGAACAACCAACCCAUAGCGUCGGGUAUAUCUCAAUGCGUGGGGACGAUUUGCUAUCAGAGUCCACCGUUUAAUGUACAAAAUCCACAGUUUACAAAAACUUAUAUGACCAAUCAUAUAGGAAACACGGGAAAUUAUCCCGUGCAACAAGGACAGUUCGCUUCGAGCUCUGGGCAGCAGUCGAUACCUCAGAAUAUUAGUUUGCAACACGCGUCGAGUCAAAGUAGGCCCCUGCAUCAACGAUUGCAGAUUCACAAUAUGCACCAAAAUACGUUGGUGCAUCAAAACAUUGGCCAUUUUCCAUCCUCGAGCCAACAGAAUAUAAUAUCAGCUAUGUCGCAUAAUAUUAGUUCUCAACAGAACAUAACGAUGCAGCAGCAGCAGCAGCAGCAGCAGCAGCAGCAGCAGCAGCAGCAGCAACAGCAAGCUCAUAACUUGGAAGUUCAGCAGCAAAACGUUGCAAAGUCCGGUCUUCGAUCAAGUACAAUACCUUUACAUAAUCCAGUCAGUUUAACCAGUUCGGGCAUCGUAAAUGCUUCAGCGUUGUCGACGUUAAAUACAUAUCAGAAGAAUCUUCAUCAGAACGUACCGUCGAACGCGCCGUCGAACGUACCGUCGAACGUACCGUCGAACGUGCCGUCCAACGUGCCGUCGAACGUACCGUCGAACGUGCCGUCCAACGUGCCGUCGAACGUACCGGCGAACGUACCGGGAAGCUCGUUAAGUCCGACUAGCACGUCGAGCUUUCACUUUCAUUUCAACCAAAGCGAUUUCAAUCAGAACGCUUUCGGUCAAAUGUCGCAGAAGCAACUGUCCUCUUCCGUGUACAACAAAAGUUCGGACCUUUUAGAGUUUUCGUUUCCGAAUCAGAUGGGCAUGCCGAGAAGCCAAUCGCAGCUCGCGAACAAUUAUCCGCUGUUCCAUAAUUACGAGAGCACGAACUUCGGCUUAUGGAAAGAUAAAUUUUCUCAACAGUCGCAGAUCUCGGUACCUUGCUGGGGCUCGAGCACAGCCGGGACACAGUUGCGCGGCAAAGAUACAACUACGAUCGAGAAUUUCCGUAAUUGGGAGGACUCUGUCAGCCCUGGGAACACGGUCUCGCAAUUGCCGGUGAGAUCGAAUUAUCAAACCGAUUCGCAGCACGGCAAACAACACUUCAUCGGCGGAAACUUUGAGCACUCUGCCGCGCGAGAGAUGGACUUGAAAUCUUCUCAGUCGAUCAACACGGGGAACACUUAUUCGCUGUUCAGCAGUAACAACACGUGGGGUUCGAGCUCGCAGGCGUGUAACGUAUCGAAUCAAGAUCAGACGAAAACUCGACUGAGUCAGCAAUCCUUGUGGUCCGGACCUGGUCCGUCUCCUUUGGAACGGCUUUUGGAACAACAGAAAUCUUUACGCGAAGGAGGUACCUGAAGGAAAGCAAUACAGAGAUUUUAUCGAAAUAUAUUGGAAAAGAAUUUAUUCGAUUUGUGGAUUCAGCUACCGAAGGGAGUCCAGUAAAACAACGUACCACAAUAAAUAUCGGUUGUUCGAUGAGAAUGUUAAAUUUGUUACAAUGCAACAGCUACCAUGAGGUUUCAACGUAGCCGUUUAGAAAUUCGUUUAAAUCGAACGAAUAAUUCAUACGUCCAAAGCGUUAUGAAAUACGCUCUAGAAAAUACAUAGGUAUUAAUACCUUACGUUACUUAUUGCGCGCAUGGUAGAAAAUGAAUAUAUUCUGAUGGUGUCUGUCGCACUAUGGAUUUUUGUCAAAAUAGUUCUCUUAAAUAUAUUAAAGAACAGUUGGUUGAAAUAUUUUGAAUCGCUUAGGAGAAAGGAAGAUUCGAUAACAAAAGAAUUCGUUGCGAUUCGUUGCGAUUCGUUGCGACUCGUGUAUGAGGAAGAUACGGUACAUAGAUUCGAUUGAGCAAGCAAUUCAUGUAAUCUGUGUAAAUCUGCAUUGCGAAAGAGACGCGUAUUCGGUAAAUUUAGUAUCUCAUUCGUCAGAGGCAAAGGAAAACAUUUAAAAGACAUUAUCCUUGUUCGUCUGUUUUCUUUCUUUUUCUUUCUUUUUCUUUUUUUCCUUUUUUUUUGGUUCGUUUUUCCCUUCUUUUUUUGUCACCUACGCGUGACAUUGUAACCGUAAAGACACAAUUCUGUUUGUACACAUACGUAAGAUGCAGACGUAAUUAUUUGUUAAUAUACUGUAUUCUCUAUUUACUACUUCUGAAUUCGCGUAUACAAUUAAGUUCUCCAAGUUAAUUUGCAAUAAUUGCAUACGGCUUUUCCCUUUAAAUAAAUGUUUCAUCAUUUUCAUUACGAGAAAAACCGCAUAUAUACACAGAAAGAUACUUCAUGUAAACAUGCAAAGUAGCCUGUUCCUUACGAGAAACUAAAAGGUAAAAUAAUUUUCAAAACCGACGUGUAAAUGAUUCUUUAAAUUUCAAUAAAAUGAAUGACGUGUAAUAGUGUCUGCGAAAGAACUCGAUGUAACAAAUGCACAGAAACAAUAAUUUUACCUAAGAAAUUGAAAUUAAGGGUUCAUUUAUUUGCAAAUACACAAUGUUACAAGUUCAACGAAAAAUGUGUUUGAAUUCAACCAUUUCAAAUUCAUUUUGAUUUAUUCUUACUUUAUAUUUUAUUUUAUCUAUUUUAAUAUAUACUUUAACGCAUUGACUGUUGUGCUUAAUUACAUGGACAGAUGUUCUAUUUUUGUUAAAUAGUAAUCAUUUACUGUACUGUAUCCAAAAAAUACAACUGCAAUGAAUACAAUUUCGAAUUAAACUCUUCGUUUCUCUUAAUAUAAUCUUAGUUUAAGAAUAUAGGAUACGUACAUGUAGAUAUUUAUG